AUGGUUAAAAUUGAAGAGUUAAAUCGGAAGAGGAGUUUGGCGAAGAAAAUGUUCGACGACGAAGUAAAAAGCUUCGAAUUUGUGCUAGAAGCUCGCCCGGAAAUACAUAGUCUUGAAGAGGCUUUUGGCGAAGUCAAGGUAAAAUAUAAAGCUGUAAGAGAAAUACAUAAUGGAAUUACUGACUUAAUGGUAGAAGCUGACAUUGAGGAAGCCGAUUUUACAAACCAUGAUAUUUUUAUUACGGAAAUCAUUGCAAAAUAUGGCGAUUUACUCUCAAAGUUAGAACAAUAUCGACGAAAAUGUGAAGUAGAUCAAACAUCAAAGGGACUACCGACUGAAAUGGAACCCAAACAACAGAGGUCUAAUCUGGAGAGAAUAAAG